CUUCAGUCAUUCUCAUACAGCUUUCCUGCACAGCAAGGGCGUCUUGAAUUGUCCAGGUCCCCUUGCUUAAUUUGAAUUACACAGAAGGACUGCAGAUUUACGUGCAGCUGUGAUGGCGUGCUACAGGAUGCUCGCCGUGUUGGCAGUCCUCUCUCUGGCUAUCUCAGCCCACUGCCAGGAUGCACAAACCCCUGUCACAGUUGUUUCCACCCAAACACAAGUGGUCAACAGGCUUGUACCUGUCACCGCCCGCGUUGUGAACACCGGCGUUGGAGCCAUCGGCAAGACCCCUGCUGCACCCGCGGGCCGCAAGCUGCUGCAAACCAUUCCCACCUUCGGCCCGACCCCUGCAGUGCUGUCCCCCGGCUUCAGCAAGACCAUCCUGCCCAUCAUCAGGAAGACCAACACCUUGGCCUUCCUCGGCCAGGCAAAGCAGGAGUUUGGCACUGACAAGGUCGGCUACACCUUCAUCUUCGGCGAGGAGGCACAGCCCUUCCUCAAGAGCCUGGCCGUCUCCGGCUCAGACUUCACAUUUGUGGGCACCUCCGCCAUCCUGCCCGCUGACCAGAAUGCUGUGACCGUCCCCAACUCCCAGUUCAGCGCCACUGGCUUUGUCAGCGCUGAUGGCUCCGCCACCACCGCCCUCGUGACCACCCAGACACCCUCGGGUGUCAUCCCCAACGUUGCCCUGCGCUUCGACUACACCCAGACCGUUGGCACCCCCGCCAUCUCCAUCUACUACACCGACCGCAGGGCGCCAUUCGUGAACGGCGGCUUCAACGCAACCGGCAACCUGGCCCAGUCAUUUGGAGUCUACAUCGCCCCCGACGGCACCGUGUACCCCGGACAGGGUUGAUAACCCGCUGUGCCAACGCGCCUGAUCUGGCAGCACCUGCACCAUGGCUUCCAUGGCAGUGCUCCGAUUGUGGGGCGUGCCAGAAACAUCGGGGUGGCAGAGGGGCGCAUGCACCCAUGGCUGCCAGCAAGAUAUUAGGAGUAUUUGAUUCGUCCCGUACCUCCAGUGACUGGGGCUCAGCUGUGGUCUCAUUCUUUUUGUGAUGCACCUGCCUGGCUAUUGACUGGAAGAGGCCCUCUCUGGAAGGUGACAGUGGCUCUGAGCAGCAGGCAGUGCAAGCAGCAGUUGGUUUUGUGAACCCUUAGACAUCGCGGUUUUGUAGAUAGUGUGUCCUGUUUAAUGAGGGAUUGUCCUCGUAGAAGUGUGUGGUAGAUCAUGAUCGGGCCAUUUUGCAACAUCAUGGCAAUGUGCAGUCUGACACGACGUUGUAAUUGCCAUUGAUGCACC